AUGAAUUCCCUAUUAAUCCAUUUUGUUUUUUCUUUUGUUUUUCGGUACGUGAACAAACAAACAAACAAACAGGAAGCUCAUCCAUACGAAGAUUUUAGUUUUCACGUGAAAGUCGAACACGAUAAAAGUCGCGACACUUAUUUGUAUGGCGUCUUCGACGGUGACGAAGGAUCUCAAGCAGCUAAUUUUGCUCUACAAAGAAUAGCAGCUGAAAUUUUAUUGGAUAAUCAAUUGUUGGAUGCGACGACCGACGAAGAAGUUAAAGAAAAACUCAGGCAAGCUUUUCUCGCUGUCGAAAACAGUUAUUGGGAUUCCGUGGGAGACAAAUUAGCAGAAAGAACGAGCGUUCAAUACGAAAUACCGGAUGAUUUGACUUCGUACGAGGCUUAUCAGAAAUAUCCUCACCUUGUUGAUAAAUUAAAUUCCUUAAACACGGAAUUAUCUUCCGGUACCACAGCCGUCGUGGCUCUCAUACAUAAUGGUAAACUUUACGUUGCGAACGUUGGAGAUAGUAGAGCUUUGCUAUGCAAAACGGAUGAUAACGGAGUGUUGAAAGUGAUACAAUUAUCCGUCGAUCACGAUUUAAGAAACGAAGAUGAACUUUUGAGAAUGUAUAAGCUCGGAUUAAACGUGGAUGAAAUAAGGAAAAGAUCGAGGAUAGGGAAUCAGGAAACGACGCGUUGCAUAGGUAAUUAUUUAGUCAAGGGCGGUUAUAAAGAUUUUGAAGAUUUGGCGGCGGCAUGUGGGGAACCCGUGAUAGCAGAGCCCGAAGUUCACGGUGGGAUACCCAUAGACGAAGCGAGUAGUUUUUUACUUUUAAUGUCGGACGGUUUGUACAAAAGCCUGCAAGAAGCGACGGGAUGCGUGGAGUCUGUCAAUAAAGAAAUUGCUCAAAUAGCCGUCGAACAAUUUAGAAUACAGUCGACUUUGACUGGAGUCGCACAAGGAGUCGUAGAUAAAAUCGUUAGGAUACAUCACGAUGUUUUCAUGAGCGGUACGGCGGCCAUACCGAGUGGAAAACGCGACGACAUGACGCUUCUCGUACGAAAUUUCAAUUAUCCAAUGCCGAACGCAUUGAACAGUCCGACGAAUCCUCACGUGAGGUUUAAUCCGGUCGUGGAAACAGCACCACCGCCGCCCAUUAAUUACGGAUCAUCGAAUAAUGAAGAUAACGAAUCGGAAAUGGUUACCAAUGAUGACAUUGAUGAUGGCAGAAGAGAUACUCAGGAUACUUCGACGACGGACAGCAGUGACGUAUACCCAGAAGAAAACGUUUUGAAACGAAACGAAAGGAUCAAACCUUACGUCGAUUUCGCGGAAUUUUACGAAAAUUUCGAAAAGGCAAAAUCGAACAAUACUUUGCCGCCAUCUUUGAUGCCUCAAGAAUGA